GCCUCCAUAGGAACAACAAUUUCUAACUACAUCUCGAAUAUGUGCGUGUGAUCACCUACCUAACUAAGAGUUACUGGGUCAACUCUUGAAUAGAAUAGCAGUUUGACUACCAUAGAAUGGUCUUGUACUAAGUCGCAUAUCUCCUAACUCAUUCGUAUGAGUAAUUUGAUGCGCAAGGUACGCGGGCUUUACUCUGGUAUUCCUUUCCUGAAAUUGUCUCGCUCAGAUUUCUUCCAUUCGAUCUGCGUAUGACGUUAUUACCGCCUGGCUGCUAGACGCUCUAGACUAACAUCUCAGAGGGCGGGUUCAGCGCCACGUUCAGCGGCACGCUGACGGCGGGCUUGGCGCCCGCGGUUACUGAAUGCUCACUAAUUCCGACGACAUUCUCGAGUAUCCUUUGGCGUUAUGAAGGCACUAAUUAGGUGGCAUUUUGGCCUAUCUAAAAUGAAUGAAACUCGUCAGUUAGUGUCUUUCUCUGACUUUCGAUUUUUUCCUACUUUCCGUUAGCAGUUCAAGCACCAAUAGCCAACGCUGGAAGACAGAAUAGAAUCGUUAUCCUAAGUAUGAGUCAGUUGUGGACAGCCAUCUCAUCUCGCUUCGUCGCUCGUCGAGCACCUGUUUUACAUUCGAAGCAAUAUCCCUACCCGCGACCGUUGUCAGAUGAAUCGGAUGAACAAGCUGAACCCCUUGUUAACGAAAGUACCAGCGAUGAGGAGACAGUCGGCUAUCGCGUUCGCAAGUUAACCCAGGGUUCCUCACGUCUCUACCUCCUAUCGUGGUCCGUCAUAGUCAUCCUCAUCCUAGCAUCAGGUCUCUUUGGGGCAUUGGUUAUGGGCUUAGUCCAGAUCAAUCAUGUAUCGUGGGGCUCCGUGAAGGAUAUCAGCGGCAAUAACAACAAUAGGGUAAUGGUGCAGCCCUGUGGGCAAAGUCCUGAAGAAGCCCGGCGCGCAGGAUGUCACUUCGACGUGAUCUCAUUCUGCUGGUUGCCAGACGAAUGUUGGGACCCGGAAUUGUCGCAGCAAUUCGACGAUGAGAAUGCGCUCGAGUGGUUUCUGGAUCCAAACCGAACGCAGCCACUCAGCCAUUCACAGAUUAUGACAGGAGAGUACAGCGGCCUCUAUGUGAAUUGGGAAUAUCAUAUCCGACACUGCACCGCGAUGUGGAAGAAGAUGCACCGUGCCAUUCUAGGGCAAUUAGGGAAUCGUGCUAUCGACGGUUAUAUUGGGGUAUAUAAGCACACGGAGCACUGUGGGGAGAUGCUUCUGAAUGGGAGGGAGUAUGCCUUAGAUGCUAUCAAUACGAGGAUCCGGGUGAAGUAUCCGGACUGCGGCGUUUGAUGUAUGCGUAUUGCGCUGUAGCUGAG